AUGCCGGCAGGGAUGGAACACGCGGCUGCCGCGGAGGACGGCCUGAAAGACCGCGGAGCCCACCUCAUCCGGACCCCACGGGCAGUGACUGCAGGGGAAGAGAGGAACUCAGGCUCUAAGAGGAGGUGGACGAGGCUGGGGAAGCCCCAGCCGGUGAAGGAGACGCCGCCUGUGCCGGUGCCUCAAGCGGCUUCGCGCGGAAGCGGCGACGUGCAGAGGCGCCUCCUGGGCUGCGGGCGCCUCCGCUUUCUGCCUCCCUGGACCUUCUCCCAGCAGUCCCUGGGCUCUGGGAGAGGUUCGCUCUUCCUGCUGCUUCUGCAGGUCACGUGUGGUGCGAUGAACGUGCCCCUCAUCUGUGACUACGGCUCGGGCAUCAGUAAGGUGGGCUUUGCGGGGACAGAAGCGCCCCUGGCUGUGUUCCCCACCAUCCUCGGGAAACUUCGCCAUGAUAAUCUGUUGGUGGGAAUGGAAGAGGAAGACUGGUUUAUUGGAGAUGAGGUUCAGAAAAAUCGAGGGAAACUCAAUCUGCAAUAUCCCAUCUCUCGGGCAGCUAUCACCAACUGGGACAACAUGGAAAAGAUCUGGCACCACUCCUUUUACAAGGUGCUCCACGUCGCCCCAGAGCAGCACCCUCUGAUGGUGACAGAGCCGCCUUUAAACACGAUGGCCAACAAAGAGAAAGUGUCGCAGAUCCUGUUUGAGACCUUCAGCGUGCCCGCCCUGUAUUUAGCCAACCAAGGAGUCCUGUCCCUCUAUGCCUCCGGCCAAACCUGCGGUAUGACCCUUGAAUCUGGAGAAGGAAUGACAUACUUUGUGCCCAUCAUGGACGGCUGUCCUUUGCAUCAGUCAACCUUCCAGAUGGACAUUGCAGGCCAAGACCUAACCUUGUACUUCCUACGCCUGUUGUCGGAAAGUGGGCACUCACUGGUGAGCACAGCUGACCGGGAGUUCGUCCGGGACCUGAAAGAGAAAUGCUGUUACGUGGCUUCGGAUUUUGAGAAAGAAAAAGUGGAAGCCAGCUCGCCCUCCUGUGCACAGAAGUGUCAGCUGCCUGACGGCCAGGAAAUUGACCUCGGGCGGGAGAGGUUCUUCUGCCCCGAAGUGCUUUUCCAGACAGACCUCAUAGGGAGCCACCACCUGGGGGUCCACAUGAAGGCCUUCCAGUGCGUCGGCUCCUGCGACCCCGCCCUCUGGAAGACUCUCUUCAGCCACAUCGUAUUGUCUGGGGGAACUGGCACCUGCUCAGGCUUGCGGCUCCGGCUGCAGAGAGAAAUCUCCACCCUGGUUACCCCGAAGAUUAACGUGAAGGUGUCCACCUGCCCGCAUUCCAUAUACGGCGCAUGGGUAGGAGGCUCCAUCCUGUGCUCACUCUCCACCUUCAAGGACAUGUGGGUCACCAGCAAGGAGUAUAAGGACAUCGGCUCCUCCGUCUUCACGCAGACCCGUCAGCAGCAGGCACACUCCGCCCUCCGCUCGUGCGCCCCCCGCCCGCUGGCUGGCUGGGAGCCGACCUUCAGCUGCCCUUGAAGAUGGAGUCUGGGUCCUGGACGCCCUGCUCAGAGAAGAGGCACCAAGACCGACAGAUGCGGAGCAAACAUCCUCAUGUGGGGUUAAGCCGCUGAGACUGAGGGUUAUCUGUUUAAAGGGCGGGUGUUUCCUUAACUGACACACAUGUGGAGGCACAAGGCAGGGGGGGAGGGGAGGAUAAGCAGUUGGACCCUUUGAGAACUGAAGCCAGCCAGACCUCGAUUUUCCAGUUUAAUCAGAUA